CCAGCGACGACAUUGGUUCGAAAUUAAAAAACAAAAAUUACAUAACAGGCUUUAUCAGAACAAUUAUUCUUUCAUAAAGCAUUCCAAAAAAUGCUCGCACAGCAAAUUCCGUUGUAAGCUUUGAAAGGGCUUUCAGAAAGACGCGAAACGACCAAAGUUUGAAAAUCCGCCUGAAUUAUUAUUAACGGAAAACACGAAUUAUGGCCCCUAUUAAUUAUUUUCACAGAAGUGGUCUCCGGCAUACUUUAAAGAAUCCCAAAAGUUACAUAAAAGAAAAUUUAUGUACAGCGGGCGUCUCUUGUUUUUUCGUCGAAUAAAAUGUCCGAAUUUGUUCCCAUAAAAGAUGCGGAAGCCCUCAGAGUGAUGAUUAAUACCCUUCCUGAGAACGACGCCAUCCAAGAGGCGGUAAAGUCAUUAAUAGCUCGAGAGCAACAGAAGAAUCCCCAGCGAUAUCAAUGCUUGCAACGGUUACCCCAAAAUAUUUCCCGAUGCUCGCACUACGCUUACCUGGAAGAUAUUUACGACUUGGUGCAAAGGGACGAGGAGAUCGACGAGGUCCUUUUUUUCGACCAACUGGGUCAAGAACUCAUCGCCUCGUCAUGUACAGAUCGCAUGGAAAGGGCGUUCAGAUGUUUGGGCGGCGACCUCAAAGAGUUUUUAACCACCCUCGACGGCGUUCACGACGUUCUCAAGUACCAGGAAAAUGUCAACGAAAUGGACCAUCACGAAACUGAAGCAGCUUUCGUUUGUAAUGCGAUUGACGAUACCAAUAUUCAACUGGACUUUACGACAGAACGACCCGUAGUAGCGUAUCUUUUAGCAGGCAGUCUCAAAGCGAUAGCGAGAUUAUUGUAUUCGACCCAUGCAGAAGUGAGAUUAACGCAAUGUUCGCAGGACAAGAAAUACUUCAGAUUUCACAUACAUAGGUUAAGGCCGCAUAACGAAUGCAACCAUCUGCGGCAGAACAUAAAGUCGACUUUGGAUGCGAAGGACAAUCUUCAAAUGGGCGUCCCUACAUUUUGUAAAGCAUUCCCUUGGCACUUUGUGAUAGACAGACGUUUGGAACUCGUACAAUUGGGAUCCGGUUUUAUGCGACUCUUCGGUCGUUUUCUAAAGACUUGUGGCACCUCCGUCGCUACUUACUUCGCUUUUAACCGACCACGAAGCAUCACGCUCUCUUUUAACGAAAUCGUGAAAAGAGCCAACACACCCUUUGUUCUCGCCUUAAAGAGGAUUCCUGGAGACCGCUUGUAUCAGGCAGAGAAUCUCGAACUCAAGGGCCAGAUGGUUCACUGCCCAGAAUCGGAUUCCAUCCUGUUUAUAGGAUCCCCUUUUAUCGACGGCUUAGAGGGUCUAACUGGAAGCAGUCUGUUUAUUUCCGAUAUUCCGCUGCACGACGCUACCAGAGACGUGAUACUGGUCGGAGAACAAGCUAGAGCUCAGGACGGUCUCCGAAGAAGAAUGGAUAAAUUAAAAAGCUCCAUUGAAGAGGGCAACCGCGCCGUAGAUAAGGAAAGGGAGAAAAAUGUUAGUCUCCUACAUCUAAUUUUUCCACCCGACAUAGCGAAACGCCUUUGGUUAGGUGAAACGAUCGAGGCAAAAACGCACGAAGACGUGACGAUGCUCUUCAGCGACAUCGUCGGCUUCACUUCGAUUUGCUCCACUGCCACCCCGAUGAUGGUGAUUAAUAUGCUUCAGGAACUAUACAAUCAAUUCGACGUAUUUUGCGGCCAGUUAGAUGUGUACAAGGUCGAAACUAUUGGUGAUGCCUACUGUGUUGCCGGUGGAUUACACAAGGACACUAGAACCCAUGUGCAACAAAUCACCUGGAUGGCGAUGCGAAUGAUAGAGACGUGUUCGUAUCAUCAAACCCAUGACGGCCAGCCUAUAAGAAUGCGUAUAGGAAUCCACACCGGUUCAGUAUUGGCUGGAGUCGUGGGUGUGAAAAUGCCCCGAUACUGCAUGUUCGGUCACAACGUCACUAUAGCAAAUAAGUUCGAAUCCGGAAGCGAGCCUUUGCGGAUAAAUGUCAGCCCCACAACGUACGAGCGGCUGAUUACGACCCCGGGCUUCUCCUUCGAACCUCGGGACCGUUCCUGUCUCCCGAAGGACUUUCCGUCCGGUAUUCCCGGGACUUGCCACUUCAUCAACGGAUAUAAACAUCCGGAGGUGCCCGAAGAAUGUUCGUUGGCGCAACAUAUUGAGGCGGGUUUAAAAGACAUCGGUCUCAGCGUAGAUUAAGUUCUAAUCACCUUAAGUUGGACAAACAAUGUUUCUGUUGUCUAGAACAAUGAUCCCGAGAGCAGCAUUUAAGUGAAUGCUGGCACGAAAUAUUUUCCUCCAUUAUGUAGGCUAAACUUGGAUCCGUGUGUUCCCAGUCUUUCAAAAAAUAUUCAUUAUAAUAAAUACCCUACAUUUCAUUGUCACGCUCUUCAAUAUUUUAGCUAUUUUUCAACUUUUUAUUUUUAGUUUUAUCAUACCUGGCUAAAAUUUUAAAGUCAUGUCGUCGUCGUUAAGGGCUUUCUACAGAAUAGAGCAGCAGGUGAUAUUAUAAGUCAAGAAGAUUGGUUAAAUUUCUAAAUUGGCAAAUAAUGGCGUUGAAAGAGAAAAGUGAAACUUUUAACAAAUCGUAACAAAUUUUUAAGCUGCUGAAAAAGUUAUUUGAUGUAUUUUGCAGAGUACAUUUAUCGUAGCUGAAGCACUAUGUAUUUUUUAUUAUCUACUAGCAAAUCAUUUCACAAGUUUGAUCAAUUUUUACAAAUAAUUUGGUUUAUUAUUGUAAAAACAUAUUUGCUCUUGCAACCGCUUUAUCUUUUUGACAUUUGCCUCCUGAUUCAUUCAACAAAUCUUGUUUCGAUUUCUAAUAUCAUCUGCUGUUCUGUGUUCUGAAACUCGGUAUGAAUACAAGUUGUUUCAAAAUUGAACAAAUAAAUCUUAAGGGCAUAUUUAUCAACCAACAAUAUAAAUAUCUGUCCUACCAUUUUUGUUUGUAAAAUAAAGAUUGACAAAUCAAGUAAAAGGUGGAGUAAAAGGUUUUUGAAUAACAAAUGAAAAAACCGAUUUUUUGUAUAAACUUUGACACCCCGUACCUCAAAAUCAAAGUAGAUUAGGAGACAGGUUUUUAUUGGAGACUUUUUCUAUGCCCUUAAGACCUUCGUCCUGAAUUAUGAAACACCCCAGCAUUAUCAGAAAACAAUCAUACGCCUAACUAAAUCUUCAUAUUGUUAUUAUUUAUAAUAUCAUAUCAUCAUAUUUAUCCUAUCAUGUUAUUUAAGUUGAUGACAUUAAAUUUUAAAAGUGGUUCACUCUUAAAUUUUGAAUUUGAUGUAACUUAUGGUUCUAAAGAUUAAGCUCUCAAGCAUAAUAUUACAUGUUUAUCAAGUUCAAUUAAUCAAUUUACUUCACUUGAUUAUUUGUAAUUUGCGAUUUAAAUAUUGUUCACCUAGUAGCGGGAUCAUCCAAAUUUAAAAUUCUAUUUGUAUUACAUUGCUGUGUAUAUUAUAACGAAAAAAUGUAUAUUGUAUUAAAUGUUGUAAAAAUAAGCUAUAAAUGCAAUAAAAUAGUCUAAACCUGUUACAAAAAUAAUAUAUUUUAAGAAAAGACCUAUAUUGCGAGGAUGUAAUAUUUGGUUUGUAAAUUUUUGAUUCGACAAAGAAUAUUUUCAGCUCCGAAACUUUACAACAGUUUUGGUUCGCUAAACACUUUAACACACUGCUAGCAAGUCCUAUCGCUGUGUUCUCCUACUUAGCAAUGUCAACAUCCAAAGAAACUGUCGAAAUAUUGCAUACAAAUUCCGAUAUUACUGGAAAUCACAAAUAGCAAAUAAACUGUCAAUAACCUUCUGACGUAAUGGUCAUUCAAAAAUUUGUAUAAAAUGUUGUAAUUCAUUUUGAUUCUAGGAUCCAAAAUAAACUAUUUUUAUGGCAUGCCGAGAGAGAAGUAAUUUAAUGUCGCGAUGCAACCACAGUAGCAGUGACUUAUUUAAAUAUUUGUAAAUAACUGUGUGAAGGUCUCCUUGUAGAUGUUUAGACUAUUUGCUAUUCUUGAUACUUGUUUUCCGUUUCCUCAAUCACUCUAUCAUCGAUAUCGUUUAGUAAUUACAAACAAGAGCCAUUUGGUCGAUAGUAUUUCUUUUCUACACGCCACAUUCAAAGGACAAAAACAAAAUUAUUUAUUGCAUUUUCGUGAAAUUUAGUCAACUGUAUUUCAAAUUUUGUUAAUUUAAAUAAGUUUGUAUAAUAUUUGUACUAAUUGUGCAGGAAAUUAAAGCGUUUGUUCUAAAAUUUUCAGAGUUAGGGUGUUACGAAUUUAACUUAGACUAUUUUAUAAAUGUUAAGCUUAUUCAGUGCAAUAAAGUAAAUUUUUAUGUACAUUUUAAAUACGUCUACUGUAAAGAAGCUUUCUUAUUGAAAUAAAACAUACGUG